AUGAAAGUUUUGUAUCUUUUAGUAAUUACAUCAUUAAUCAAAAUUGUAUCAUCAACACUUUGGGUUAAUUUCAUUCCAUAUGAUCCAUUAUCACAAUGCAAAAGUGAAAUAUAUGGUUUGGGUUACUCCUUUGCAGUAGGAGAGUGUUUUACAUUAGAUUAUGUAAAUUAUUGGUAUUUUGAAGCAUUUGAAGAUUUAACAGUACAAUGGGAUAGUUUUAUACCACCAUUUGGUGGUGGUCCAGGAAGUUGUCAACAAGCAACACACCAAACACCAAGAAUCGUUAAAGAUGGCCAAUGUCUUGAUACUAUUGAAGAUAAUUUCAAUUUAAAUUUAGUACCAGCAGGUAAUCAUUCAUUCCAAGUUGUGGUUUCAAAUACACCAGCUUAUACAAAAUUCGAUUAUGUAAAUACCUUUGAAUAUGGUCCACACUGUUCAAAAAAUUCAAAUAAUGCUUUAUUUGCAACUUUUGCUUCUAAUGGUACUUUAAUUUUACCAAACCUUAAUCCAAAUAAUCCAACCAAUGAUAUAGAGCAAAGUAUUUUUUGUAUAGAUAAUAAACCAACUAUGUAUCAUUGUGUUUUUGAAAAAAAUAACCAAUAUAACUGCAGUUACGAAAGUACAGCAGCAGAUUGUAGACAACAAAAACCAUUUAUUGCACCAUCAUCAACAUCCCAAGAUAGUUCAGCUGAAACUGACACAAAUAGUUUCUAUUCAUCAACAUCCUGUUUUGGUGGUCCACUUUAA